AUUAAACUCCAGAUUAUUUGACUUUUUUCUGACUGAUUCCUAUUUCGGGUAAUGAAAAUUGAAAAAACGUGAAUUAUUUUUAAGUUAAAGAAAGUUUAAUAAAAAUUAAUUCAAAAUUAAAAGGAAAAUGAGUGUGUUGGAACAUGAAGCUCAAAGGCUGAGCCAAAUGGAACAUGAGAUCCGGCAAAUUAAAGAACAAAUUGAAAAUGUUGGGAAUGCAACAGACCUAGGAAGUUAUGAUGAAGAAUUAGCGAAACUUGAAACUAACAACAUGAAAUUAAAACAUCGCCUAAGCAUUUUAAAUAAGGCAAUUGAAAAAGAGCGAGGAAAUUCAUCAACUUCUAACAAAUUGAACUCUAUAACAGAAAUGAUAUCCAUUACAGAACAUUUGUAUGAUUUAUUUGAGAGUGCUAUUAAGAGUGCUUACCCGGAUUUGACAAAUCCUCCUGUUAUAAUAACUCCUGUUUCUGCGAACACACCAAAAUUUGGUGAUUAUCAAUGUAAUAGUGCUAUGCCUAUAGCUCAAUUACUAAAAACUAAAGGAUUAAAAUCAAAUCCUAGAGAAGUGGCUCAAAACAUAAUGAACCAUUUAGGUCAUUCAGUUUUAGUAUCUAAAAGCGAAAUUGCUGGAGCUGGAUUUAUAAACGUUUUUCUGGAAAAAUCAUAUGGUGUAAUGGCUAUAAAUGAAUUGCUUCGUAAUGAAAUAACACCACCAUCAUGUAAGAAGCAACGUGUGUUGGUAGAUUUUUCCUCGCCGAAUAUAGCAAAACAAAUGCACGUUGGUCAUUUAAGAUCAACAAUAAUUGGCGAAUCUAUAUGUCGCCUUUUAGAAUUUUUGGGCCAUGAUGUAAUACGUGUAAACCAUGUGGGCGACUGGGGUACACAAUUUGGUAUGUUAAUAGCCCACUUAGAAGAUCGUUUCCCAAAUUUUACAAAUGAAGUACCACCAAUUAGUGAUUUGCAAGAGUUUUAUAAAGAAUCUAAAAAGAGAUUUGAUGAGGAUGAAGAUUUUAAAAAGAGAGCAUAUAGCAGCGUUGUAAAAUUGCAGAGUGGUGAAAAAAAUUCUAAAAAGGCCUGGACUUUAAUUUGUGACGUAUCGCGAAAAGAAUUUCAAAAAAUAUAUGAUGCAUUGGAUGUAACAAUAAAAGAAUUCGGCGAAUCAUUUUAUCAAAGUAGAAUGGAAAGCAUAGUAAAAUUUCUUGAAAAAGAAGGUUACUUGGAAGAGGAUGAAGGACGAAAGAUCAUGUGGGGUAAUCCUGAAACUAGAGAUGGUAUACCUUUAACUAUAAUAAAAUCAGAUGGUGGUUUCACUUAUGAUACAUCAGAUAUGGCUGCAAUUAAAUACCGUUUAGAAGAAGAAAAAGCUGAUUGGAUAAUUUAUGUUACAGAUUCUGGACAAUCAACUCACUUUAAAAUAAUAUUUGAAUGUGCCGAAAGAGCAAAAAUUUUAGAUUACAAAAAGCAUAGAGUUGAUCAUGUUGGCUUUGGUGUUGUACUUGGAGAAGAUGGAAAAAAAUUCAAAACUCGAUCUGGUGAAACAGUGAAAUUAUCUGAUUUACUGAAUGAAGGUUUAAAAAGAUCAUUGGAUAAGUUAAUAGAAAAAGAGAGAGAUAAGGUUUUAACACCAGAAGAAUUAAAAGCAGCACAAGAGUCUGUUGCUUAUGGUUGUAUUAAAUAUGCUGAUUUAUCACAUAAUCGUAUAAAUGAAUAUGUGUUCUCAUUUGAUAAAAUGUUGGAAGAUCGUGGUAAUACUGCGGUUUAUUUACUAUAUGCAUUUACAAGAAUACGUUCUAUUGCUAGAAAUUGUGGAGAAGAUUUUACAAAUUUAAAGAAAAUCAUGGAAACAGAAAGCAUUUCUGUUGAACAUGAAAAAGAAUGGAAAUUAGUUAAAACAUUACUAAAAUUUCCAGAUGUAAUAUCAAAAAUUACAAAAGAUUUAUUUUUACAUCACCUUUGCGAAUAUGUAUUUGAAAUAAGUACAACAUUCACCGAAUUCUACGAUGUUUGCUAUUGUAUUGAGAAAAAUAAGGAAGGUAAAAUUAUUAAGGUUAAUCGUAGCCGGAUUUUAUUAUGUGAAGCAACUGCUCUUGUAUUAGGAAAAUGCUUUGAUAUAUUGGGUUUGAAACCUGUUGCAAAAAUUUGAAAAGUUCCCGAAAUUUAUUUUUUUUUAUGACAAGAACAAAAAUUAAAUAAAAAUUUGUUAAAAAAUA